CGGGCGGCGGCGGCGGCGGCGGCGGCGGCGGCGGCCAGAGCAGCAGGCGCCCGAGCAGUAGGCGCCCGAACAGCGCGAGCGGCCGAGCGGGCGGCGGGGACCGCGGGGCGAGCGGCGGCCCUGCCUCGGCGCUCGGAGGGCGGCGGAGGUGCGGCGCGGAGCCAUGGUGAUCAUGUCCGAGUUGAGCGCGGCCCCCGUGGGCUCUAGCCAGGGCCAACAGAAGCCCCUCCGGGUGGGCUUCUACGACGUCGAGCGGACCCUGGGCAAGGGCAAUUUCGCCGUGGUGAAGCUGGCCCGGCAUCGAGUCACCAAAACCCAGGUUGCAAUAAAAAUAAUCGAUAAAACUCGAUUAGAUUCAAGCAAUUUGGAGAAAAUAUAUCGUGAGGUUCAGAUCAUGAAGCUUCUGAAUCAUCCUCACAUCAUAAAGCUUUAUCAGGUUAUGGAGACGAAGGAUAUGCUUUACAUUGUCACCGAGUUCGCAAAAAAUGGAGAAAUGUUUGAUUAUUUGACCUCCAACGGGCACCUCAGCGAGAAUGAAGCCCGCAAGAAGUUCUGGCAGAUUCUGUCGGCCGUGGAAUACUGCCACAGCCACCACAUUGUGCACCGGGACCUCAAGACCGAGAACCUGCUGCUGGACGGCAGCAUGGACAUAAAGCUGGCAGAUUUCGGAUUUGGGAAUUUCUACAAGGCAGGAGAGCCCCUGUCCACGUGGUGCGGGAGCCCCCCGUACGCAGCCCCGGAAGUCUUUGAGGGGAAGGAGUACGAAGGCCCCCAGCUCGACAUCUGGAGCCUCGGCGUGGUGCUGUACGUCCUCGUCUGCGGCUCGCUCCCCUUUGAUGGGCCCAACUUGCCAGCUCUGCGGCAGCGGGUGCUGGAGGGCCGCUUCCGCAUCCCCUUCUUCAUGUCUCAAGACUGUGAGACGCUGAUCCGCCGCAUGCUGGUGGUGGACCCCACCAAGCGCAUCACCAUCGCCCAGAUCCGGCAGCACAGGUGGAUGCAGGCCGAGCCCUCGGUGCCGCGGCAGGCCUGCCCGGCCUUCUCCGCGCUCAGCUACAACUCCAACCUGGGCCACUAUGACGAGCAGGUGUUGGGCAUCAUGCACAGCCUUGGCAUCGACCGGCAGAGGACCGUGGAGUCACUGCAGAACAGCAGCUACAACCACUUUGCCGCCAUUUAUUACCUCCUCGUCGAGCGGCUGAAGGAGUACCGGCACACUCAGCCCCCCGCCCGGCCCGGCCUGGCCCGGCCGCAGAGGCCCAGGAGCUCAGAUCUCAGCGGCUUUGAGGUGCCUCAGGAAGGCCUCUCCAGUGACUCCUUCCGAUCCUCCCUGCUGUGCCCACAGCCCCAGGCCUUGGGCCAGUCUGUCCUGCAGGCCGACACGGACUGUGACCCCCUGAGCUCGCUCCAGCCCUUGCUUUUCCCCCUGGACGCCAACUGCAACGGAGCGUUCCGGCAUCGCUCCAUCUCCCCUAGUGGCCUGCUGGACGCGCCCAUCAGUGAGGAGGUCGGGCAGGGCCCGGGCCUGGAGGAGGAGCGGGGGGCCCAGAAGCCCCUGGCCGGCAGCACAGGCCGCAGGCACACGCUGGCCGAGGUCUCCACCUGCUUCUCCCCAUGCGCCCCUCCGUGUAUAGUCAUCUCUUCCUCCGCCGCAAGCCCUUCAGAGGGCACCAGCUCCGACAGCUGUCUGACCUUCUCAGCGGGCGAUGGCCCCGGGGGGCUCAGUGGACGCCUGGCCGCUCAGGGGCUGGUGGGCACCUGCUCCCCUCUCAGACUGGCCUCACCACUUCUGGGGGCCCAGUCUGCCACCCCAGUGCUGCAGGCUCAGGGGGCCCCGGGAGGGGUCACUCUGCUCCCCAUCAGCUUCCAGGAAGGCCGGAGGGCGUCAGACACCUCGCUCACUCAAGGGCUGAAAGCCUUCCGGCAGCAGCUGAGGAAGAACGCGAGGACCAAAGGGCUCCUGGGCCUGAACAAGAUCAAGGGACUGGCUCGCCAGGUGUGCCAGCCCUCCUCCUCCAGCCGAGCCUCCAGGGGUGGCCUGAGCGCCUUCCCGUUGCCUGCGCAGAGCCCAGGCCUGCACGGCAGCGGGGCCAGCAGCCGGGAGGGCCGGAGCCUGCUGGAAGAGGUCCUGCACCAGCAGAGGUUGCUCCAGCUACAGCACCACCUGGCAGGCCCACCCAGCUGUCCGCAGGCCCCCCAGCUGCCCGCGGCCCCGCUGGUCCUCACCCCGUGUGACGGCGCGCUCCUCGUGUCGGGACUCCAGAAGGAGCUGGGGCUGGGGCCCGGCCCGCUGCUGCCACCCCACCUCCUGCAAGCCGGGGGCUCCCCGGUGGCCUCGGCAGCCCAGCUGCUGGACACCCACCUGCACAUCAGCCACGCCACAGCCCCCCAUCCCGCCGCCACGCUGCCCCCCAGCUUUGUGGGUGCGGGGCUGCCGCAGGCGGACUGUGAGCUGGAGGACCUGACGGCGGGUCAGCUGGGCACAUUCGUGCUAGUGCAGUGAGCCUCCGCCUCCACUCGGGCCGCCGGCCCUUCGAAGCAAUAAUUUCAGAGUAUGUGAAGAUGUUUCCGGACUCGAAGCCAAUAAGUUUCUAGAAGCGAAACAAGCAAUACGUUUGGUGUUUUGGCUUUUUAGUUGAUUUUUUUGUUUUAUUUUUUCUUUGCACUGAGCAAAUGUAACUCUGAGUAGGGCCUGGAAACUUUCUGAAGAAAAAUAAUAAUUGAGGGGCGUGUCAGGGUGGGUGGACGGGAAGGGGACAGAGGGCGACAGAGGGCGGCAGGGCGAGAGGCGACAGGGCCGGGCUGGACGGCCAGCGCCACUGCGGUCGGUCGGUCGGGGGUGGCGGGAGGGGGCCACGGGGGCGGUGGGGGCCGCGGAGGGAUUGCCUCGGGAGAAACCAUGGCGUGAGCCGCGUGUUCAUCGUGUGUGUGUGCCUGUGUGUGUUCAGUAUUUUUUUUUUUUUUAGUUACAAUUCUCCACUUCCUGAAACAUUUACACUUCAGAGUGAGAACUGUGAACUUUCUGCUUUACACAUCCGUUUUUUUAAAAAAAAAGCUCUAUUGGCCAGCCCAGGAGAAAGUAAUCUACAAAUUCCUGGAAUUCUCUACCCUGAAAUCAGGGCCCCAAGGACGGUUUUUUUCCUUAUUUUAGAUGAGAACUUUGAUCAACUGCUUGAGCGUCGGGUUUCCAGGAUUCUUCAGAGGCGGCACAGGAAGAAACUGGAGGGGGGUGGGUGACUAUGAGGCUGGGGCUCCGGCCCGGGCCCUGUGGCCUAGAGCCCCCGCGUGCCUUGGAGGGCCCCAGAGAGGUUUCUUCCUGCUGCUCAUCUUAUUUCCGCUGCUAAUUAAGUUUUUAUGCAUUUCAUUAUCAGGGUCCAAAAAGAACAACUGACUGGGGUGGGGGACGUGCAAUACGGCAGGGGUGCGGCCGGCGGGCAGGAGCAGGGGAGACGGUCCCUGCCUGGCCACCCCACCUGCCCACGGCCGGCUCCUGAUCCGGGGGUAGCCCUGCCUUCUCCAGGCCUCCCGCUCGGUAGGCUUUCGUUCAGGAGAAUGACACGAGAGGUCAGAUCAGUGUUGUUCAAGCUUUGUUCCUUUUUUAAAGCAGACGUUGUACAUGUAUAUAAAUAGACAAAUAUACACUACUUAUUUUUUAUAUUUUUUACUACACUUUUGUGUUCCUGGUUUGAAUUUUCCUCUCUGGUAACGUUACAAAGCGCUAGCACUGGGUCGGCGUGGAGGAGGGAGACGUGCGUCCUCCCCUGGCGGGGGAACGCCGGUGGCCGCUCCGUCCGGCAGCAGCUGCCUCACCCCUUCUGCACCCGUCGGUCCCCGACCCUUUCCCGACCCAGGUGCCUUCAGCUCACUUUGGCUCUUACGACCUACAGUAUUAACAGGGGAAAGGUGGGCAUUUGUAGAAGCCAAAGACUGCCCAGGCUCCUGGCGGGCAGGGAGGCCGCGGGGCGCACGCCCGGCUCUGUGCGUCUGCCCAGCUUGCUGCUCCCGGUCCCCCCCCCCCCCGCCCCUGCCGCUGCUGCUGCUGCUCCCCUGUGGCCGUCGCAAGCCUCGGGGAAGGGACUGUCCUCGUGCCUGGCCACAGAGAAAUCACCAAAGCCUCCCGCCGGCUCGUAGCCGGGGUCUGGGGGCAGGAGGGCAAGCGGGCAGCCAGGGCGCAGGCCUCCGGGUCCACAGAGGCCGCCCGGCUGACUCCCACACAAAGGCGGCUGGCUCCCUUGUUCCACUCCUCGCUGUCCUAACGCCACAGAUCAAAGGCCUCAGAACCAUGACAAGCACUUUACUUUCACGGAGAUUUUCUUUCUUGCUGUGAGUCCUGUGUCUCUGCGUCUCGUGUGCAGGUGUGUGCGACGUGUGUUUGGUAGUUUCCCCACAGCGCUGUGGGGCAGGCUGGGCGCCUGGUUAUAGGCACUACGUGAUCUAAGAUGUAUAUAGUCUGUUUUUUUACCACAACUGAUUUAAUUAUUUUAUUUCUUAUGUUAACAUGAGAAAUGUAUGCCAAAUGAUUAGUGGGUGUAUGUUUUUUAAUUUAAUAUUUAAAUAAAACGUUUGGGGGAAAACCCUGGACCUU